AUGUCGUUGCCGCGGGGUGUCGGUCUUGGUGUCGACGUGGGCCAACUGAUGCAGCAUCAGCAGCAACAGCAACAGCAUCACGUGCUGCCGGCUGCGUUCUUCCUACGUGCCAGUGCAGAGAGAUACCAAAGGACACCGAAGUGCGCGAGAUGCCGGAACCACGGUGUCGUGUCCGCGUUGAAGGGUCACAAACGAUACUGUCGUUGGCGGGACUGCGUGUGUGCGAAAUGUACCCUGAUCGCCGAGCGGCAACGUGUUAUGGCUGCCCAGGUCGCGUUACGGAGGCAGCAGGCCCAAGAGGAGAGCGAGGCGCGCGAGUUAGGGCUGCAAUUGCAGUACAAUGCAGGCAGCUGCACCACCGCCCCCGUUCUCCCUGGUGCGGCGACUGCAACUACGCCAGCUGGCAGCCCACCCCCGCACCCGGCCCACGUUGCGAGUCCGGCCGGUCUCGCGAUUCCGGCGGCGGCGGCAGCCGCAGCCGCGGCCGCGGCCGCUCACAUUCAAACCCAACUCCAUCAGCAGCCCGACUGCGGCCUCCUGCAACGGAAGAGACUUCCUCAGGAUGAGUACCGGCAGCCUAAAGUUGAAAAACAGGAAUCGAUCGUCGGCGGGAUCGCAGGCACAAAGAGGUCGAGAAUCUCUGAGAGCACUACGGGAACAAUGCUCUCUACCAGCGACACCGGUAACGAAGACGACCGUGACUCCGACUCCGGUGGGGAACUUCUUGCUGACCGUCCAUUAGAAGUAUCGGCGUCGGUGGGAAUGACAGAGAACGAGACGACAAGGAAGCGGUCCAGUAGUCUGAACGACUCUGAGGAAGGAAGUCCGGAACCAGGUUCACAGAGUCCGACGCACACACCGCCAUUAACGCCAGCCCUGACGCCACAAAGAGAGGACACGCCGGCGCCAGAGAAUCUCAGCCUCCGCAAAAGCGGAAGUCCACAGCAAACGCAGCAGAGCCUCCAACCAGUGGACUUGGUGCAACCUAGACCUAGCCCGCCGUUACCUUCGUUGGCUGCCGCAGCGACGGCGGUUCACUUCCCCCCUUACGCGCCUCUUUAUGGUCCAGCGGCAAGCUCGCUGUACUGUUCGCCAGCCCUUUACCAGCAUCAGCAUCACCAUCACAUGCCGGAACCGCGGGAGAUUCAAAUGCAGAUGCAGAUGCAGAGUAUCCAACAGACCUGUGGGCUGCAAUUACAGCAGCAGCAGCAACAACAACAACAGCAACAACGGUCCCCAGUGGACGUUCUCCUGCGAGUCUUUCCGGGAAGGAGGCGCGCGGACGUGGAGGCCCUGUUGCACCGGUGCAAAGGGGAUGUAGUCUCCGCCAUGGAAGUGUUAGUCUGCGAGGACAGUCUCCAGCCAAAGUCUGCGUUCUCGCCUCUGGCCGGCGCACUCGCGUCAGCUGCGGCUGCAUCCGCCUCGGUAUCAGCCGCGUACGCGACUCGUGCUGCAUACUGCACCACACCGAUCCCCUCGACCAGACACAGAUUCCUCGCGGCACCGUACGCCGGCACCGGUUACCUACCCACGGUGAUCAAGCCGCCCAAUCAGAGCCUGCACGCGAAUGGAACCGGUGACGCCUAUCGGGAGACCAGUCCCGAUGACGCCAGCGACAAGACCAGCUACUCCGAGUGA